AUGGCGUGCGGGACGACUCUGGAGCGGCCCAUGGAGUUCGAGGCGGCGCUGCUGAGCCCGGGUUCCCCGAAGCGGCGGCGCUGCGCCCCUCUCCCCGGCCCCACUCCGGGCCUCAGGCCCCCGGACGCCGAGCCGCCACCACCGGCGCUUCAGACACAGACCCCACAGCCGCCUCUGCAGCAGCCCGCCCCGCCCGGCAGCGAGCGGCGCCUUCCAACUCCGGAGCAAAUUUUUCAGAACAUUAAACAAGAAUAUAGUCGUUAUCAGAGGUGGAGACAUUUAGAAGUGGUUCUUAGUCAAAGUGAAGCUUGUGCUUCCGAAAGUCAACCUCACUCCUCAGCACUCACAGCACCUAGUUCUCCAGGUACCUCCUCGAUGAAGAAGGACCAGCCCACCUUUACCCUCCGACAAGUUGGAAUAAUAUGUGAGCGUCUCUUAAAAGACUAUGAUGAUAAGAUUCGGGAGGAGUAUGAGCAAAUCCUCAAUACCAAACUAGCAGAACAAUAUGAACCUUUUGUGAAAUUCACACAUGAUCAGAUUAUGCGACGGUAUGGGACAAGGCCAAGAAGCUACGUGUCCUGA